CGGUUGUCAAUGAGAGAAGAAGGAGGAAAGCCGCCGAGUCUUGGGCCGCAAACGUCAAACCGUCGCUCGCUAGAUCAGUGAGCGUCGCGACGCCCGCGGCGCAGGUUGUACCGUCUCCUCUUCUUGCGGCUAAGCCGAUAACUUUGCACAACACUGGGAGACUAUUAUGGGGCAUUUAAGCGGCGGCUAAAUGGGGGCUGAUGGACAUUUUCGUGUGACCUUGUCCCUGAGAAAGGAACCAGGUGCUGGUCCGGUCUAUUGUAAGAUGGAGACAUCUGCCAGAUUUCGGCAACUGAAGACAGUGAAGCUAAGCUGCGAGGCGACCUAUCGGCUCGACAUCAGCUUCAAGCCGCCGCAACUACUGCAAUCCCUGAGUAUCGGUGGAAAACCGGUGGAAGCGAUCGAACGCGCAAGGGACAGCACGGCAUGUGCCUACAGCGCUUAUCACAGCACCAAAGAUAUCCCAGCAAGCGCCCGCGGCCAUCGGGAGGAUCUGCCAAUUGCUAUGCGAGUACUCGGCUCCGGUUAUCUGACUACGUGCCUACAGAUCAAGUACUAUCGACUGGAAGAUCAGAGUCACUGCGAAUGGGGCGCCAGAUUGCACUGCAUCGAGCUCGAUUGCUCCAGCGUUGAAGGACGUCUCGUCACGGUGGACCGGGAAACCUACAGAAAGCUCGGCAUAGAGUCUUAACGAAUGAUGAAUGUCGUCAUCCUUACGAUAUAUUUGUUAUACAGAUGAGAAAACCCGACGCCGCGCCGCAAUUGAUGUCUACUGAAGUUAGCACGCGAUCUGAAUAAUACUUUACAUUCGUAAAAGCUUUGAGGACUGAGGACUCUGAAUAAAGAUAGAUAAAAUCGACAAUACUGGUGACGAGUUAUCUAACAUAUUUUCCAUCUGUGUAAGUUUUAAUAAGCUAAUUCUCGGUCAAUUGUAUAAGAAACAGGAAUCUGAAAAUUUUAUUCACGAUUCUGAUACAUCAAAGAUAAACCUUUUGGAAUGAACAAAGUCUAUUAAUGGAGAUAACAGAUUAUGCUUGAUAAACUUCGUUGAAAUAGUAUAUUUUUAAUUCAGUAGGAUGAAGAUAAAUCGCGUGGAAAUUUCGCGGAAAUGUUAUCAUGAUAGACGGAUAAUUGAGAUUGAUCGUUGCCAGUUGGCAAACAACAUUGUAUCGCUACGAUGUGAAUUGAGUUAUACAGAAAAUUCAAAACUGAUUUUGCGCAUUGCUCUCUCUCUCUCUCUAUCUCUCACUCUCUAAUAAUAAAAUUUUUAAUAAUAUAUUUUUAUAUAUUAUUAAAAAUUUUAAAUCAAGUAAAUUAAUCUUCUUUUUUUCUAUAGGAAUUAGUAACGAUAUAAAAAUUGAGAUUUAUAUCCUCUUUUAUAUGAAUAUUUCAAGACCUCGUAUGUCUGUGUAUCAUUUGCAAUCAGUACGUGGUACAUAACUGCAUUAUAUAUAAUUUUAUAUCGAAUAAAUUACUAAGAAUUUAAUGUCACGUUAGAAGAAAUAAUUAAUCACAAUUGCGCGUUUUUAUUGAUACUUUAAGCUUUAAACUCUUUAGCAAGAAGUGUUUGUCGCAAGAAUUAAUAAAAACAAAAAUUAAUGCGAACAUAUCGAUAACUUAUUGGAUACUUAAGUAUCGACACGGUAUAUAUAUACGUAUCAAACAUGCGUCAUCGAUUGUGAAUUAAUAUUUAAUUGAAUCAAUUGCAAUACGCCAUUUUACGUACUAUAUAUAUAUAUAUAUAUAUAUAUAUAUAUAUAUAUAUAUAUAUAUGCCAGAAUGACGUGUUCUUCAAUCGAAAGAAAAAAAGAAUUAGCGGCGCGGUGUCAGCUUUUGUAACUGUACGACAAAAUGCAUUUUAUGCAUUGAUUGAUAAUGCUAUGACUUUCGCUUGACGUUAUUUUUCUCAUAUACGAUUUAAUUUUCGCCUCUUUCUUUUAUAUUCUCGCACUUAAAAAAAAAGAGGAUUUUUCUAUCGAAGAAUCUAUCUUGUUAAUGCGAGAUUCAAUGGAUUUAGAACACGCGAUGGACGUAAGACACAUUAUUUGUAAAUUAAUUUUAGAAGCAUUCUCAGAUGCAUCGCUAUAGGAACUUGACGCACCUUAAUACUCGAAAACUUUCGGCAAUCAGCAAAGUGACCAAUUAAUGUCUCUAGAUUUAUUGUAAUUGCGCAGGUUAUUUCUACCCUCUUUCACUAAUCAUUCAAUGGAUUUUAUUAAAAUGUAAAUCUACUUAUUGUAUUUAUACAAUCUAUGUAUAUAUAUAUACACAACCGAUAUGAAGUAUCUAUACUUCCUAAUUUCGAUUGAAAUAAAUUCUAUAAAGAAAUGUAAA